GAAAAAAAUGUAAAAUAUUUCAGUGAAAGUAAAGUGCGUUGAUAAAUAUUAAUAUACAAUACGAAUAAAGAGAUAAGAGAAGAGAAAUACAGUGAUGAUUUUGAGUGUUAUGAUAUAUUGUUUAUAUUAAGACUGUCUGAGGAAGCAUGAGGUUGUGUUGUGGCGGCUGAGGUGAACUUAUCUUAUUUUCACCUGCUACUGCUCCUGCUUAACACACUACCACUACAACACCUCACCUGCUGCUCCAGCAGGCAUCUCCCAGGAUCAUCCAGGGAAUAAGAGCAGCAGAGGAGGAGAAUAAUAGUGUUAAAGUGAGUGUUUACCGGGAGUCUCCCUCACACCGCCGGCACCACAGGUCGUCAGCAGCACCACAGGUCGUCAGCAGCACCACAGGUCGUCAGCAGCACCACAGGUCGUCAGCAGCACCACAGGUCGUCAGCAGCACCACAGGUCGUCAGCAGCACCACAGUUCGUCAGCAGCACCACAGGUCGUCAGCAGCACCACAGGUCGUCAGCAGCACCACAGGUCGUCAGCAGCCACACAGGUCGUCAGCAGCCACAGGUCGUCAGCAGCCACACAGGUCGUCAGCAGCCACACAGGUCGUCAGGUCGCAGGAGUGGUCAGCUGUGACAGGUGGUAGAGGCAGCAUGGAACAGCAACAGCAGCAGCAGCAGGGAAUGUCAGAAGAUGUUAAUCUUCUCGUUAAGUUCACCACCAAGCAGGAACAGUAUGCUGUUCCUGGGACGUCAGUCUCAGUGUGGGCCAGCACCAACCCUUCUGGACUUGAUAAAGUUAUCGGAGCAUUUAUUAAGCAUGAUUCAGAUUACCAGAAAUCCCUUCCCAACUUCCAUUUCAUUGUGAAAGGACAGCUUCUGCACGGAACUCUACAGGAAAGGCUGGAGGAGUGUGGAGAGAGCUUCGAGUCUGUGGUUGAAAUUGAGUACCUUGAAAAGCAGCCUCCACCUACUCCGAAGGAUUCACUUCAUCAUGAUGAUUGGGUGGCGGCACUUCAAUGUAGUGACAAGUGGUUGCUGACGGGUUGCUACGACAACACACUCCACCUGUGGGAUGUUGCAGGUCUUGCUGCUGGAAAGGGUGACCGAGCCCACACACUCACCAUCCCUGCACACAGAGCACCAGUCAAGGCUGUUACCUGGGUCCACACAGAUACUCCCACCAAAACAUUUAUUAGUACAUCAAUAGACCAGACGCAGUGUAUGGGUUUGGAAAGGGGGAGACCAAAAACUGGGGAAAUUGUUUUUUGUUUGCAGAUUCCAAUUCUAACACUUGGUGGGCAUACAGAAAGUGUGGGAGGAGUUGUAUGGACAGGAGACAGGGAAGUGGCCACUGCUUCCUGGGAUCAUUCUCUCCGGGUUUGGGACACUGACAUUGGUGGCAUUAAAUCUCAAAUCAAUGGAAACAAUGCAUUCUUUGCUGUGGCGUGGUCACCUCUGAACCGCCUCCUCUUGACAGGCUGUGCAGACAGAUUCAUUAGGAUGUACGAUCCACGUGUCACAGAGGGUGCUGUUGUGCAGCAGAAGUUUUCCUCACAUACUAAGUGGGUUCCAAGUGUGAAGUGGAGCACUACCAAGGAGCAUCAGUUUGUGUCUGGAGGCUAUGACAGCAUAGUCAAGCAUUGGGACUCCAGAAGUCCCAAGAUUCCUCUCUACGAUCUCACUGGUCAUGAAGAUAAAGUACUGUCAGUUGAUUGGUCACAUCCAAGAUUCAUCGUCAGUGGUUCUUCAGACUGCACAGUUAAAGUCUUCACCGAUGGACAACCAUAAAAUACUCUUGAUUACUUCAUUAUACAUCGUGGUAGUGUUUAGCUUCUAUUAAAGUCGUGUUAUUACUUUCUUGUCUUUAAUAUUGUUCCUUUGUUACAUGCUAUUAGCAGUGAGAGUAUUUAUCAUAGCAUGUCUCUUUAUAGAGAGGUACUUUACUGUAUUUUAGGAGAGUAUGUUGGGUAAAGACAAUUCUUCACAUAUUGGAGAAGAAUUAUGUACAAAAAAUGGGAGAAAUGAGAAAGAAAGUUUUAAAAGUUUUGCUGAUAAAUACUUGUAGAGAAAUUGAAUAGUUAUGGAAUAGUCAUGUAAUGUUGAAUAUCUUGCUUCACUUUUGUUUUACUCCAGCUAAAAUAUGAAUGCAUUUAUUUUAAUCUUGUAUGAUGCUUUCUGUGCUUGGACCAUUAAUUUUAUGGGAAUAUACUAAUGUACAGUAUAUAGAAAGGCUCCUAUUUAUUAAAAAUCCCUAACA